AUGCAGCUGGGUGCGGUGCCGUUGGCAGGGCCCGGUGGCCAGGCGGACGCGCUGGGCGGCGCCCCGGGGGCUGGCACAGGGACGGGCAGGCGCAAGGAGUCUUUCAUCAAGGGCAAGGUGAGCGAUCACGCCGUGUUUCUGGGAGGUGUCUCCAACGACACCAACGUGGAGAGCUUGCAGGCAUACUGCGGCCAGUGGGGCGAGAUCGCCGACGUGCACGUGAUGACGGGCAAGGGGUAUGCGUUCGUCACCUUCGCAGCGGUGCCCACGGCACAGGCAUUCCUCGAGCACCGCGAGCACUACAUUGAUGGGCGCAAGGUGGAUGCCAAGGCGGCAGUUCCCAAGGACCAGGGUGGUGGUAAGCUGACGCGCAAGAUGUUUGUGGGCGGCAUCGGCGAGGUGUCAGACGCAGAGUUUCAGGCGCACUUUGCCAACUUUGGGGCCAUGGUGGACUGUGUGGUGCUGCGCAAACCUGACGGCAGCCCACGUGGGUUUGGUUUUGUGACGUAUGACGACGAGGUGUCUGUGGAGAAGUGCCUGGUGAUGGAGCACCACCUGGCGGGUCGGCGUGUGGAUGUCAAGCGCGCUGUGAGCAAGGAGCAUGACAGUGGCGGCGGAGGCGGUUGUGGCGGCAGCAUGACCGCAGGCAGCCGAGGCAUGGAUGCGGCUGGCGUGAAUGCGGCGGCAGCAGGUGGCCUGGGAGGCAUGCCUGCAGCGAUGGGUGCCCUUGUGGGCGGGUACGGCUUUAACCCGAUGGCAGGCAUGGCGGGCAUGGCGGGCGGGGUUGGCAACAUGGCGGGGAUGGCAGGCCACCCCCUCAACUACGGGAUGGCGGGUGGCACCAGCAGCUAUGGUGUGGCUGGCAUGGCGGCAUCAGGCAUCGGCGGCGGUGCCGCUGGUGUUGAUAGUGGCGAGGGCGGUAGCGGUUAUGGCCGCAUGCCCUUGGGGCGUAGCAACACUGGCGGCCAGCAGCGGUACCGCCCUUACUAA